UUUAGCUCCACGUCGGCUCGAAGUGUACAAACCAAUCACAUUAAAGAAUCACCGAGUCACUUAUUGGGAGCCAUAUAUAAAGCGCGGGCCGGCAAAUUGACGACAGUGGCAGUGCCGGCAGUGGUGGUACAGUGGCCGACGGCAGCGAACGUUUAGCUCGUACGAGUGAUCAUCCGCGUUCGGAGCCAAGUUGUACCUUGUACCUCGAGAAAUCAAUAGCAAUUAAAUAUCUCGCUCGGGGCUCUCCGAUAGGAUCUCUCUCGCGACACGCGGCCGGAUCGUGUGCGCACGUGGCAUCAAAGGCAGCCGACGUUGGCAACCGCUCUACGGCAAGAUGUGCGGAAUCUGGGCAUUGUUCGGGCUGGACAAGCAGCCGUUGACCUGCAUCUGCGAGAACUUCAACAAGAUAUCGCACCGCGGGCCGGAGGCAUUUAAAAUAGAGUUCGACAAUAGAGUCAAGAAUGGAUAUCUGGGAUUUCACAGGCUGGCCAUCGUCGACAGCCUCUACGGAAUGCAGCCGAUGAGGAUACUCAAACAUCCGCAUCUGUUCCUCCUGUGCAACGGAGAAAUAUAUAAUUGGGAUAAUUUGCGAAAACAACAUGAUUUCGAGUACGCCACUAAGUGCGACGUGGAAGUGAUCAUGCAUAUGUAUAACUACGCCGGCGCUAACAAUGUCGCUCAAAGUCUGGACGGGGUGUUCGCAUUUUGUUUGAUGGACGUCUUAAACAGGAGGAUACUAAUAGCCAGGGAUCCGUACGGCGUAAGACCGCUGUUUAGAUUGCGUUCAGAAAAUGGGCAACUGGCCAUCUGUUCGGAGAGCAAGGGUUUGAUGGCAAUAUCCAAACACAUAAGUGGCAAUUGGACAUUGGAGCCAUUUCCUCCAGGACAUUAUGAGAUAUAUGAAAUUUUGGACGAUGGUCGGACAAAGCUUUUGGAGAGCUGCCGUUACCACAAACCCGGCGGCAAACCUUCUUUCCGUUGGUAUAUCUCUUGGGGAGCUUUGAAUCCGAAAGAUGUUCCUGGCAACAUCCGAAAGCUGCUCUCAGGAGCCGUAGAAAAACGAUUAAUGACCGAUAGACAGAUAGGGUGUCUAUUGUCAGGUGGAUUGGAUUCGAGCUUGAUCGCCGCUUUGUUGAUGAAACUUGCGAAAGAAAACAAACUGCCGUAUCAAAUACAAAGCUUCGCGAUAGGUAUGGGUGAUAGUCCGGAUAUCAUCGCUGCUAGACAGGUUGCACGCCACAUCGGGACUAAACAUCAUGAAGUUAUCUUCACGCAGCAAGAUGUAAUCGAUGUACUGAACGAUGUUAUAUAUUCUUUAGAAACAUAUGACAUCACCACUAUUCGCGCUUCCAUUGGGAUGUACCUCCUUUCGAAAUAUAUAAAACAAAACACCGAGACAACGGUGAUCUUCAGCGGAGAAGGUGCGGAUGAGCUGGCGCAAGGCUACAUUUACUUCAGAGAUGCACCUAAUGCGAGAGACGCGCACAACGAAUCUCUUAGAUUGUUACAUGACAUAUAUUUAUAUGAUGGUUUAAGAGCGGAUAGAACAACCAGUGCCUUCAGUUUGGAGCUCAGAGUUCCAUUCUUAGAUCUUCAGUUUACCAACUAUUAUCUGUCGUUGAGCCCUGAGAGUAGACAACCGCAAGGUGGAAUUGAAAAGCAUUUGUUACGAUCUGCAUUCGAUGGGACUGGUUUACUGCCCGACAAUAUACUUUGGAGGCAUAAAGAAGCGUUCAGUGACGGCGUCGCUUCCAUAAAGAAAUCUCUUUUCCGAGUAAUUCAAGAGAUCGUGGAAGAUCGUGUUUCUAACGAGGACUUGGAAAACGCUGGUACUAAGUAUCCCCAUUGCACACCGAAAACGAAGGAAGCAUACUACUACAGACGUGUUUUUGAGUCGCAUUACGAGGGGCAAGCGGAAAAUUUUACACCUUACUUCUGGAUGCCACGCUGGGUGAAAAAUAUUACUGACCCAUCUGCACGAUUUAUUAAGCAUUACGCUGCAAAGGAAGAAAAUUGGCUUAAAACGUAAAAAAAAAGAGAAAUUAAAAACGUUAUAUAUAAUAUAUGUAUACUACGUUUAUUAUGUCAGAUGUAUUGAGAUAUUAAUAUAUAAAGAUCUUAUUAGGUCUUUUUAUUGAAUAUUUAGUCUCAUUCCGUACAUAUUUGCGAUUAGAUAAAAUACGAACGAUCUCGGAAAACGUAACUUCUGCAAGCAAGAUGUUUAUAUAAGUUCUAAAUGCGUUGAUGUUAACGAUUUAUCUUCUCUGCAACUCUUCUCAAUUAAGAUGAUCCUAAAAUCGUCUGUAAUACCGAAUACUUUUUAAAAAUACGCAUCUUAUUAGCUUUAUAAAUUUAAAAAUCCUCCAAAAUUAAAGUACAUGCACUGAUACACUUUCCACGCCGGUCGAGAAGGAAAAUAAUUUCAGAAAUGCAGACUAAGAAUAAUAUAAGACGUCAACUCGUUACAACACACAUUUGCUUCGUAUAAAAAUUAAAAAUUCUACAAUUUGUUGUUGUACAAAACGAGACCGAUGUGGCGUGGAGAGUGGAUUACAUGAAGAAAUAACAUACCGUUCUCAGAAUAAUUAGGCUUAGACACCUAGCAAAAAAGAUAUAUAUUUAAAAAAACGAUUAAAGUGAAUGUGUACCAGAAUAUAUUUACCAUAGGGUGUAUUAGUGCAUAAUUUAAAAAAUUUUAAAUCUGUACAACCAAAUAA